UGACUCUGCUCAGGCUUAAGCGGCCGCUGACUAUGUCCGAAAAGAUUGUGUACGGUCACCUCGACGACCCGCACAACCAGGACAUCGUCCGCGGGACGAGUUAUCUCAAGCUGCGCCCUGACGUACGUGUUUGUAACACGGCUACGCAUUGCUCCGCUCACCCUCUCCACAGCGAGUUGCGUGCCAGGAUGCUACCGCCCAGGUGAGGCCCUCUAAGCGUAUGCGAAUACCUCAGCCCCGGCUUGACGUCAUAUGUCCCCGCAUAGAUGGCUAUUCUGCAGUUCAUGUCGGCAGGCAUGGACACGGCCGCGGUUCCGACCACCGUCCACUGUGACCACUUGAUUGAGGCCCAGGUCGGUGGUCCGAAGGAUCUCGCGCGCGCGGUGAACACGAACAAGGAAGUCUACGACUUCUUGGCUACCGCCACGGCGAAGUACGGUCUCGGUUUCUGGAAGCCUGGCUCUGGUAUUAUUCACCAGAUCAUCCUUGAGAACUAUGCCUUCCCCGGUGGUCUCAUGAUCGGGACGGACUCGCACACGCCGAACGCCGGCGGUCUCGGUAUGGUUGCUUGCGGUGUCGGCGGUGCUGAUGCGGUCGAUGUCAUGGCUGGUAUCCCUUGGGAGCUCAAGUGCCCCAAGGUCAUCGGUGUCAACUUGACUGGCAAGAUCAGCGGCUGGACUACUCCUAAGGAUGUCAUCCUCAAGGUUGCGGGUAUCCUCACGGUCAAAGGCGGUACCGGUGCCAUCGUCGAGUACAAGGGUCCUGGUGUUGAGUCGCUGUCGUGCACGGGUAUGGCUACGAUCUGCAACAUGGGUGCUGAAAUCGGUGCAACGACCUCGAUCUUCCCCUUCAACCACCGGAUGGUCGACUACCUCAAGGCCACGAAGCGCGGCGACAUCGCGGAGUAUGCCAAGAGCUUCUCGCACAACCUGCAGGCGGACGAGAAUGCCGAGUAUGACGAGCACGUCGAGAUUAACUUGUCCGAGCUCGAGCCUCACAUCAACGGUCCUUUCACCCCCGACUUGGCGACUCCGAUCUCGAAGUUCAAGGAGGCUGUCGAGAAGAACAACUGGCCUGCUGAUCUCCGUGUCGCUCUGAUCGGUUCUUGCACCAACUCUUCGUACGAGGACAUGUCCCGCGCUGUUUCUAUCGUCAAGCAAGCUGCCGACCAUGGUCUGACGACCAAGAGCAAGUUCACGGUUACUCCCGGUUCCGAGCAGGUUCGUGCGACCAUCGAUCGCGACGGCUACAUCGCGACGUUCGAGGAGGCUGGCGGUAUCGUGCUCGCCAACGCGUGCGGUCCUUGCAUUGGUCAGUGGGAUAGGCGUGACGUCAAGAAGGGCGAAGUCAACUCGAUCAUCACCUCCUACAACCGUAACUUCACCGGCCGUAACGACGCUAACCCCGCCACGCACGCUUUCGUCGCCUCCCCGACAUCGUGACCGCCUUCGCGUUCGCCGGUGACCUCCGCUUCAACCCCUC